AUGUUUUUCCUGCUCCUUCUGGGUGCUUACGCACAGAACUGCACACUACUUCCAGGUUCAGAAGCUGGAGACCCAAAUCCAUCGCUAGUCAAAUGCUACAGACAAAACGGAGAGGCUUGCUGUGUAUCAGCUCAUGACCAAGCUAUCCAAAGUUCCUAUAGUAGCCUAUUUCCUUCACAAUGCCAGCGCGAAUACGACAACAUGGAGGAUUAUUUUUGUUUCGGCUGCCACCCUUCCCAAGGCCAAUAUACUUUUCAAGAUAAUAUGACUAUACUUCUGUGCUCGGGUUAUGCACGAAGUGUCUGGGGAGAUAGUUUGGAUAAACCUACGACAUCAUAUGAUAAUUGUGGGAUGUACACCUAUUGGAGAUCGAAUCCUCAAACAGUUAUCCCAAGCUUAGAAUGGAAAAAUGCUUAUGAAUUCUUCAAUGAGGUGAAACCUACUUUCUUUGAGAAUUAUACAAUCGUGAUUGUUGAGGGAGAUUUUUGCUAUAAUAAUGAAUGGAAAAUAGAAGCUAGGCUAGCAUUUGUGGCAAUUUGGCUAUGGAUUAUAGGAUUCUUAAUAUAA